CAGUGGUUUGUCAGAGGCCUUGUUGGAAAGCAACAAUUUCGAUUGAUUACACAGAUAUUUUUUAUCUGCAUACUGUCAUUUCCUAAUCUUUUCAGGACUAGAAAUUUUCUGGUAUUUCUAGAGAAAACAGAAAUUUCAUGCUCUAUUCUAUAACUGCUGCUUAUAAAUGCAUUGUCGACGAAUUGCCUUUCCAGCUUCCAUUACACAGUACAUUUUCAAUGAAAUAAAUAUUUUUUGAGAACAUUUAUACACUGGUAAAAAAAACACGUCGGCAUGUCGGAACCUGCCGCAACGAAGUCGAACGGUCGCAGCCGACACGUCCGUUCUAGGCAGACCGCCCCCCCUCGUAUCGAACCCCCGCCCUCCCUGGGGGCGGCACCCCCUCCCACAGCCUCCCUGGGGGCGCCACCCCUUCCCACACCCUCCCUGGGGGCGCCACCCCCUCCCACACCCCCAAUUGAAUCCUCAACGUUACCCCCCCAACUGACACCCGACGUUUCGUGCCCACCGCUGGCACCUGUGAACUACGGAAAUUGCAGUGUGAAGUUCAACACUACGAACAUGCGGGUUCAUCCCUCCGUCAACAGAGGCUUCCAGCCCCCGGCCGACCCCCACAACAGGACGCCAGAGUGCGGAGGUCGGCGUGGCAGCGCAGACGCGUGGUCGAGCGUCUCGAGCGUCGCGGCGUCGCAGGAGUUCUGCGUCGACGUCGCGUCUUGCCUCUCCUCGUCCUUCUGCUCCGCGCCUCCUGCCGCCGUUGACGACGACAGACUCGCCUGUUACGUGCCUCCCUCCGCGCCCGUGGAGCUUCACAUCACCAACCUCGACCAGAACAUUGAUGCUCGUGAGAUGAAGAAGGUUCUGCUCACCUGCUUCAGGGAGCACAUCAUGGUGCUACAUGUUUCCAUGCUGGUGCAGAGCGACGGUAACCUGGCUGCGUGUGUCCGAGUGCCCACGCCCCAGGACGCACAGUUUGCUAUUUCGCAACUUCAGCGCAAGCGCAUCGGGUCCAAACGAAUUAUUAUCUCAUAUGCCAACCACAACCAACCGUCUCCUGAGAUGAAAAGGUCGAAUGUUGUGUCAUUAUUGCAAGAGAUUCCUGGCAAGCGUCUGCCAUUAUUCAAAUUUCGAGAGCUUUACGAGCGUCGUUACCACGAGACCAUUGGGGUGUCAGAAAUGUACAUGAUGAGGGACGUGGUAACUGUGUCAGACAACAGCACAGGUCGCAUGGUUGCUCUUCAACCAAGAUACCGACACGUUCCCGUGGCCCUUCCUCCUACGACCAGCCAAUCAGAGUCAGAUGGUGUGCCCAGGUUCUGUGAGAAGCACAGCUUAGGACCCGACACCUCGGUAGGAUGGGCCGAGAGAGACAACACCACGUGUCUUCCGAAUGUUACAACAUCCCUUACAGUUCUAGCCGAAACGAUCCCCAGACUCCUUCAUGCCCAUGAUGGCGUCUUGCCCUUAGCAAGCCUGAUGGAGUGCUACACUGCCGUCAUCGGCCCCAUUGACGAAGUAGCUGAAGGAGGAGUUCCUCUUGAACAUUUGGUUUCAUGCUUACCGAUGGUCGCGAUUCAGACGUGCAGUACAAAUUGGUCCAAGUUCAUUAAAUUUUGUCAGAACAGAGCCCCUCAGGAUGACAUGGAGGACUUGUUACGGUUUGUGUGCCCUCCUUUGGUCGGACAACUUGCUUUAUUGUCCCGUGAACUAGUAGAUCUUCUGAAGACGUUCCCCAACACUCGCCUACCUUUUUCACGAUUUAUCCCAGCUUACCACCACCAUUUCGGUCGGCAAUGCCGAGUCGCCGAUUACGGAUACACCAAAUUAGCUGAACUUUUCGAUGCUUUGCCCAAUGUCGUCCAGGUGCUGGGGGAAGGGCCCAAGAGAGUCAUAACUCUCGCUCAUCGCGCCCAAGUCAGGAGGUUUUCCUGCGAUCUUUUACGCGUGUUGAAAGGCCAACCGUUCAAAUGUAUCACCAUGGAUCAAUUCCCUGCAGCUUUUGAAAAAGUUAUUGGCAAGCCAUGGGCUGUGACUGACUAUGGCGUCAACGAUAUCUUUGACAUCCUCAGUGAGAUCAAUGAAACCACCAUCACAGUAUCUGAUACUAAUGGUGUUGUGACCAUUGCUAUACCUAUUCGUGAACAGACCCCAGAGGAGGUUGAGAUGACCAUUCAGUUCGGAGCCGAAGUAAUCGAAUUACUGAGGCACUCGCCGCAAUGUAAGAUGCAGUUCACUAGGUUCAUACCCGCGUACCAUCACCACUUUGGACGUCAGUGUAAAGUAGCGGACUAUGGCUGCACCAAACUCAUCGAGCUUUUUGAGGCGAUCCCUGACAUUUUGGAGAUAUUCGAUGACGAGGAAGAUGGAGAGAAGCAGCUGCAGUUGGUGCUGAAGGAGAGACUCAAAGUAUUGGGAGAGCAGGUUCGGUGUAGUUGCAGGACUAGUUGA